AUGGAUUCGACUGCGAGGGUCAAACCUCGGUCCCGCCCUGCUCACACAAAGGGCAUCACGCGCUGCGCCUACACGACCGACGGCUCUCGGCUCAUCACCGUCGGCUCGAACAACACAAUCCGUCUCUACAAGACUGGUUUCGACGGAGAACCCACGAAUAUCGACGAAUGCCCCGAACACAACGUCGCCGUAGCAGCCUCGAGCGAGUUUUUCGUCGUGGGCUCCGAGGACGGCACCGUCAGCCUCUAUUCUCUCGCCUCCGCCACGUUUGAACGCUUCUUGCUCCGUUCCUCGCUACCUAUCCGCGACAUCGUCAACACCGAAGACACUCUCCAAGUCAAAACCCUCAAGGAACAUGGGCGCUCGACAAAGCACGUUUCAUUCGACCCCAAGGGAAGCUUGGUCACCCUGACGUGUACGGAUGGCAUCAUUUACGUCUAUUCCAUGACAUCAGAGACGCCGGAGCUGAUCAGGAAAGUUGACGGCGUGGUGGGCAUCCUCGACAUCGACUCAGACGUCUCGGGGGCGGUUGUCUGGCAUCCCGACGGCCGAUCCUUCGCGGUUGCGACGCCGACACGAGAUAUCCAAGUAGUGUCCAAGAAUGACUGGGAGAAGCAGCGCAAGUUUGCCAAUGGGCACCUCGGCGAUGUCACGUCUCUAGCGUGGUCGCCCAACGGCGCCAUGCUUGCCACCGCCGGUAGAGACGGCAAGGUAUUGAUUUGGGAAACGAAGACGCAAGGAGUGAUUGACCGACAUCAUUUCAACAAUGUCGUGGACUUGUCCUGGCACCCCAAGAAUAAUGUCAACCUCCUGUCAUUCACUAGCACGGAGGGGGAGGUUUUUAUCUACAAUGACUUCGUCUCAGAUCAGUUCGCAUCCUUGUUGAAGCUCCCACUUCAACCCUCGCCCUUCUUCCACGACCCUCUCGCCGACAUCUCUGGAAACGCUCGCAAGCCCGACGCGGUGAGCAAGCCUUUGGCAGCUCGGCCUCGGAGGGAUUCUCUCGGUAGCCUCGAAGAUGCGCUCUUGGACGACGACCUCGGAGACUACGGUGUCGAUGGCGACUUGGACGACUUUGUCGUCGACGACGACGGCGCUGGCUACACGACUGGCCGCAAGAGGCCGGCUGAGGACGACGGCCAAGGCGAAAACUCGAGCAAGCGCCGCCAGCUAAUGCAGCCUCAGCUCCAUGCGGCCUUCCAACCGGGUUCUACGCCUUGGCGUGGAAACCGCAAGUAUCUCUGCCUCAACCUGAUCGGUGUCGUGUGGACUGUGGAUCAGGACUCUCAUUACACGAUAACGGUGGAGUUUUACGACCGAGAAUUCCAGCGAGACUUCCACUUCACGGAUACCUAUCUUUACGACAAGGCAUGCCUAAACGAAAACGGCGUCCUCUUCUCCAACCCGCCCAAGGAUGAUUUGCCUGCCACGGUCUUUUACAGGCCGCACGAGACGUGGACUCAGAGGAGCGACUGGAGGACAGAGUUGCCCAAGGGCGAGUCCGUCGUCGCCAUGUCUCUCAGCGACUCCUUCGUCACAAUCGUCUCCAGCGCCAAUUACGUGCGCAUCUAUACGCUGUUUGGUAUCCCUUACCGGGUAUACCGACCUAAGAACACACCCGUGGUCACCUGUGCCAGUUGGAAGGACUACGUGCUCACCAUGGGCAAUGGACCAGUUGGCCCAGACGGCCGGGCUAAGCUUCUUUACUCGAUUGAAGAUAUCAAGCGAGACGAGAUUUGCCAGAACGAGGACACGGUCGCUCUCCCAGAAGGGGUAGACCUCAGCAGCGUCUUCUUCUCCGACAAGGGUGACCCUUGCAUCUACGACUCGACUGGCGUUCUCCUGACGCUUCUUCAUUGGAGGCGGCCCUCCCGGGCCUCGUGGGUGCCGCUUCUUGACACCAAGCUCCUAGAUCGCCUGGCCUCGGGACGGAAGCACGAGAGCUACUAUCCUAUUGCCGUGGCAGAUAACAAGUUUCACUGCAUCAUUCUCAAGGGCGGCGACAAGUACCCGUACUUCCCUCGUCCUCUGCUUUCCGAGUUUGAAUUCUCCGUACCUCUUUCAGCUGCGGCGUCGAAGAAGAAGCGCGCCUCAAACGGCAAGGAAAGGGGAGAGGAUGGGGACUCUGAGGGCGAGAACGCCGACGAGGAUGACGACAUGGACGAGGAUCAGCGCGAGGCAGAGAACCUUACGCAGCAGCUUCUCAUCACGGAUAUCCUGGCGCGGCAAAUGCGCGAUGUUUUGCACGACGUUAGGUCCGGCUCAUCGCACUCGGAGCGCUCACUCUUGGCGAAGCUGGAGCUCGAGGUGGAUAAGACGUUGCUCAAGAUGCUGGCCAUUGAGUGUCGCCAGCCCGAUGAUCGUGGCAUGCGGGCGCUCGAGAUGGUGGAACUCAUGCGGGAUACCACGGGCAGGAUGGCGGAGGCCGCCGGCAAGGUUGCCGACCGAUAUGACAAGUCUAUCCUGGCAGAGAAGAUUCGAGAAUUAGGAGAGAGGAGAGUCAAUGGCAUGGACGAGGACGAGGACUAA